AUGAGCGCUUCGGAAGCCAGUACUCUGCAGCCAAAUACUCCUGUUCCACCCGCAUCGCAGACCUCAAGCACUCCUAAAAUUCCUUUACUUGGAGAGGGAUUUCAAGAAUCUACGAAGAAAACCGUCCCUCGCUCGGCAGACAGUAGCGAUGUUGAAUGCGACGAAGAUGAUGUGACUGGCGAGGGCGCGAAACAUGGAAAGCGACGAUUAUUUGGAUUUGGGAAGAAAAAGGAGGCUGAUAAGAUGAAAGAGAGAAAGAAGACCGACUUUCCACCAGCUAAAGUUGCUGCCAGUUCGAAUGCACCGCUUGCACAACCAAUUGCUAGGAGAUUGCCAUUGCAAAAUGCAUCUCCUCCACGAUCAAUCCCGAACAAUCCAUAUCCAUCUCCUGGCUCACCUCACAGAGUUCUCUAUUCUUCUUCUCCCCGAAUUGUCUCACCAGCUGGGUCGCAAAUCUUCGAGCGCGAUGUACAAGAGAGCGCUAUUCUUGUUCCCAAUUCACCCGCAAUCCCAUCCCAUAUCCAAACGGAAAACCACAUUCCGCCAGUCUUGGAUGCGUCAUCCGAGGCAAUCACGAACAAUGAGAUCGACCCGGACACUGUUGAGAUUGUAAUGCACUCCUCUCAUCAGCCAGCAGCUGUUACGGUCACAGGAGUGGGUAAUGCAGAGCCCAUGGGUGGGAUGUGGGCAGAUGAUUUGGUUGCUCAUCCAGACAAAGAUGAUGCGGCCUCAAACUACGGUGCUCUCGAUAGCACUGAUGUGCGCCGUUUGAGUUUCAUCUCCUUCUCAGACAUUGUGCAGUCUGAACAUGCAGAGCAUGCAGGCUCCAGGGACUCCAUCUAUGUGGCCGGCCUCAGUUCCUUGUCUUCGCAACACAACAGGUCUCCGUCUCCUGUUCGGUCCCCUGUCUCAUCUCAAGGAUUCGGCACGUCCCCUCCCACAAGCAAAUCAGCUUCUAUCAAGGGGUUCGAUAUGUCGCCGAGAGGAAAGCCGCUUGGUAGUCCAAUUUCUACUCAAGCUCCUCUCAGUGGCGGGGAACUGACUAUAGAGACAAUGACUCAGGCAUUGAGAAGAACGGGCAGUGGUGAUUUGAGCGGUGUGAGAAGUCAACCUCUCAGCCCUUCAAGCCCUGAUGGA